GCAUAGAAUAGCAAAUAAUGGAGAACUACCUUCUCAUCGCUACUUUGAUCAGCACAAGUCUUGUAUUUGCUUGCUACAUUGUUCUCAUGGUGGGAGAAACAUGUUCUCGAGACAUUAAUGACUGUGACAUGGGAUUGCAGUGCAUAGAAUGCAACUCGAAAAAUCGGUGUACACGAAUUCGAACUGAAAGUCCUAUUUUAAGGGUGAAGGAUCUUCCAUUCAACCAUUACUCAUGGCUUACAACUCAUAACUCAUUUGCAUGGAGGGGAGUGAAUUCAAGCAUCGGUUUUCCAAUUUUGGCCAUCAUGAACCAAGAAGAUUCCAUCACAGACCAACUCAAGAAUGGUGUAAGAGGAUUGAUGUUGGACAUGAGUGAUUAUAAAGAUGACGUUUGGCUAUGUCAAGGGAUGUGCUCUAGAUAUACAGCUUUUCAACCUGCCAUUCAUGUUCUAAAAGAGAUCAGGGCAUUCCUCGUAACACACCCAACACAAAUCAUCACCAUUUUCAUUGAGGAUCAUGUAACAUCGCCAAAUGGUGUGAAUAAAGUUUUUAAUGCAGCUGGGCUGAGGAAAUUUUGGUUUCCAGUGUCAAAAAUGCCCAAAAACGGUGGUGAUUGGCCAACAGUCAUAGAAAUGAUACGCAGGAAUCAUCGGUUAAUUGUGUUCACUUCAAAUGCAACUAAGGAGGAUUACCAAAGAAUUGCGUUUGUGUGGAAUUAUGUUGUCGAAAAUCAUUAUGGACAUGAUGGCAUGAAAGGAGGUUCUUGUUCAAAUCGAGCUGAAUCACUUCCAAUGAACACAACAACAAAGUCAUUGGUCUUAAUGAACUACUUUCGAAAUGUCAAAAAUUCUAAGGAAGCAUGUAGGGAUAACUCUUCUCCUUUGAUGACCAUGAUGAAUAUGUGCUUCACUGCUGCAGGUAAUCGAUGGCCUAAUUAUGUUGCUGUUGACUUUUACAAGAGAAGUGACGGUGGUGGAGCUCCUCAAGCAUUAGACGUGGCAAAUGAAAACUUGCUUCAGUCAUAAACAACCUCAUUGCAAUCAUCGUGGGAAGUAUAGGUGUAAAUAUAAGCUCGAGACAUUCUUGCAUUACAAAGGGAAAUGGAGCCUGUUAUUCUCUAUACAUGUUAAGUUAACUUUCAAUUCAUGCAUUUAAUACAAUAAUACAUUACUUCUAAUUUCUCCAAUAAAUUGUUUUUCGUGUUUCAUGAGAAUUCAUUUUCAUAUAUUUUCUUCUUUGGAAUAAAGACUAAAUUUUAUGUCUUUUAA